GUCACUUUCUAGACAAUUUGGUAGCAGCACAAGAAGGUUAUUCUUAGAUGAACCAGACGCAGAAUCCUUAAGGAAAAUUAAAGCUGCAUCUGAACGUGCUGCUGUUGCGAAGGGUGCAACUGGAGAAGCAGAAGUUAGAGUUGGAUUGGAUGAGAUGAACUUCGGUAAACUAUCACCAUAUGUUAAACCAUCUGGUUCUAUAUUGGGCUUGAGAGCUAGUGAUUUAAAACCUUCUAUGUUGUUUUCUAGAGGUUUCAAGCCAAAGGAAUUCUUCAAAUGGCUUCAAUGGAACCUCUACACGAGUUUACAGGAUUACCACCACCGCAUGCUUUUAUUCCAAAAAGGUGAAUGGCAGACUGAGAAGGAGGGUAUUCCAGGCUUGAAAUGGAUAGAGAGAAGGAAGGCAUCCAAUCAAUGGGCUAGCACAGUUGCUUUAGACAAGUACACUCAACUUCAGAAAGCCAUAACGAGCGGUGAUUUGAAAACUAUUAACAAAUUAGCCAUACACACUCUCAAAGAUAACUCAGAUUCUCAAGCAAAGACAGUAAAAAUCAAUCGCGAGAAGAAAUAUGACUGGAAACUUUUGAAAAUCAAUGAAACACCAUCCGUCAUGUCAGUUAGAACGACCAACGUAAUGCCAAUGUUACCAGAAUCAGCUGAAAAGCGUAUCUGUCAGGUAGUCGUAAAGUUUAACACUGUACAGACAUUAGGUCCAGAUCAUCAAAGUCAGAAUAUCGUCGAUUAUGUCAUGUUUGAAAAACCACUCUGGAUGCGUAAUGGUGAUUGGAAGAUGCGUGAUAAGGUCUAUGAAACACCAUACUUCCAAUAAAUUUAAUAGAUUUUGUACUUUUAUAGAAAUUUUUUGCAUUUUUUCACCCCUAUGACUGACAUCCAAGAUGGUUGAUCGUCGAAAUGAACAAAAUGGGUUUAAAUUGACUGAUCCCAGACCUAGACGUCGAGUGAAUGGUCAAAAUGAGUUUAAUAAUACACCAGUGGAUCCUCAAUCAGCAUUUAAUAUGGCAUUGCGUGAAAGCUGGGAAGCUGACAGCCACAUUGGUCUAUCCUUCGAUGAGCGAUUACAGAGGGACAGAUUGCGGAGACAAGCGGGAGAGGAUUUAUUGCGGGAUAUACAACGAAAGAGGAAUGAGAGUAAC